CAAUGCCUGUUACAUCGUUGCUUAAAGCUACUUUAAUCUUUGCCAGUUUUAAGUUUGCAAGAUCUAAUCUACCCCAGACGUGCUCACUGACUACAAAUCCUCACUCGGGAAUCCAGCUGAUCCACCCCCAACCGGGAUUCCGCGAUCCAUUCGAGGUUUUCUGUGACCAGGAGUACGAGGGUGGAAGCUGGAUUGUGAUCCAGAAUCGCUACGAAGGAUCGGUUCACUUUUACCGCGAUUGGGACGAGUACGAGCGCGGAUUCGGGAACAUCGAAGGUGAAUUUUGGUUAGGUUUGAGCAAAAUUCACGAGUUGACCUACUCAAGACGGUACGAGUUGCACGUGGUUCUGGAGGAUUGGGAUGGAGUUCGGGCGGUGGCACGAUACAGCGAAUUUCGAGUGGCUGGACCAGAGCAACAUUAUCUGCUGAGAAGUUUGGGAAAUUUCACUGGAAGUGCUGGAGAUUCUUUGAGUUAUCAUUUUGGCAUGAAGUUCUCCACAUUUGAUGCUGAUAAUGAUGAGUGGGAGGGGAAUUGCGCUGAGUCGUAUUACGGUGCGUGGUGGUAUAGAUAUUGCUUGCACAGCAAUUUGAAUGGAAGAUACUUCCAAGGCAAAGACAACGCAGGAAUACGAUGGAUUGCGUUUAGAGGAAGUAGCGAAGUGCUCAGAAAGGCUCGUAUGAUGAUUCGUUCAAUAAACUAGAACUCAUUGAACUAAUUUUUU